GCUGUGGUUCUCCAGCGCGGUCGAAGGCUUCUCAAUUCUUCGUGUUUUUUUCCACUGCGACUCAAGACGCAGCUCCUUCGCCGUCGCCCUCCUCUUCCUUCUUGAUCCGAACUUGCGCUUUUUCCCAUGGAGGAGCCAGGGUACGGGGGCGGGACUGGGGGGAAGAUGAGGCGGAAGCCGCUCCGGAGGGGUGCGAUAACGCCGUAUGACCGGCCCCCUGCCUCAGGCCGCGGCGUCAAGGACCCACCGCUGGAGACGGAGGAAAGAAGCUGGCUUGGGAAGUUCGUCGUUCCGGCAUCGUGGUUUAUCGCCAACGGCGCGUCCAGGCUGUUAUCGUCGGUGUUCCGCAAGCGGCCUCCUGCGUCCCCGAUCCAGGGAUUUCCGGUUCUAGAUGAAACUUCUUUGUCUCAGUCCACACAAGAGGUUAUUGGAACAAUUUCUGAUGAUAUCUCAGCUGAACUACCAGAAAAUAAAACCAACAACCAAAAUGUUGCAGCAAAUAAUCCCGAGGACUAUGCAGUUUUGGAGUUUGAGCAACUUAUUGGCCAGAAAAGUUUCACAAGAGCCCAAUAUGAGCAUUUGAUGGGUAUUCUGCAGUCAAGAAUUAUUAAUUCAGAUACUGAAAGAUCUGAAGCAAAUGAUGCAAAAAAUGUAGUUGUUCCUUUGCCAGCAACAACAGAUUACUCACGUCCAUACAAGGAUCCUGUUCCUGAUGGUCAUAAUGUUUCACCAGUGGAACUUGCAAAAGAAUAUAUGAACUCCAAGGUUUCAAAUGCUUCCCCUUUUCAUUUAAAUUGGCAGAAGCAUCUGCUUCACGAGAAUAAACAGGGGCAAAGUCAUAUAACUUCUGCCAAAAAAUUUGACGUUAGCAGUUCAAAACCUCUCAUUCUCUCUCAUAUAUCAGCUGAGAUUCCUGACAAUAGCUAUUAUACUCCAAUAUCUGCUCAAAGAACUGCAAUGCAUAAAAUGCCAAAGUCUCCUUCUGUUAAGGGUGAGGGAUCUUCCAAAGAUGGUUAUUCUGGAUCCUUGUCUCUUGAGACAUCAGUCACCAAACAAGCAGUGGGGCAGGGGCAGGUGUUGAAACGAAAAGGUUCAACAUUGUACAAUGAUUUUCGAUCUACUUGUCCCAUACGAAGGGUUCGUCAAAAGCUUGGUCUGAAUUCAUCAAGAAGAAUAAUCCAAUCGGUUCUUCCUAGAAAUGUUGAACCUUGUGCCUCAACUGUAUUCAAGAAGGAUUUGCAAGAUGAUUCAUCACCAAAACAAAGGCAUUGUUUGGAUGCACAUGAGGAAACUGGUUUUAACAGAAUAGCCAGCAGUGUUGUUGACCCUGCUUUAGUUCAAUCAACUAAGAUGCAAAACCAAAUCUUGCAACAAUUAGAUAAGUUAGCACCUUCACCAAAGGGAAAAUCACCCAAGCUAGAGGAUAAUCCCCUUGAUGUAACAAUUGCAGAUGGUAUCAUCAAUUCCUUAUCUCAUAAUCAAGAAGGGGAUCAAGUGCUUCACAAGGACCCAUCACCUUUUACUUCAGGAGUCAAGCCUUUAUAUGCAGACAAUAAUAUGAAUUUAGUAUCUGCAACUGCUACCGUGCAUGGUAAUAAUGCUGUGGAUGCUGGAUUCUCAAAUUGCGAUGCAGUUUCUGGGAAUCAGAAGCUAGUUUUUCAGACACAUAAAUCAGAGCACAAAGCUUUGAAUCCUUCAUUUCAAUUCAAGAAUGGAGAUGAGUUGAAGCUUUCUCAGUGUAAAGGUGUCCCAUCUUCAUUAAUAGGAACAGAGGGAUCUACUCCAACAGUGCUUACAAAAUUUCCCUCUACAUCUUUAUUCUCCAAGACAUCUGAUGUGAAGCCUUCCAUUGAUUCCCUUGCCAACUACAACAAGGGUUUUACUUUUCCUUCCAUGCCUGCUCCCUUUACUUCUCAAUUGCCACCAACACCUACUAUGCCAGGACCAUUAGUUCAGAAGCCGGUGAUUCAAAAAGAACAUAGUACGACUCCUCUGUUUACCUCGGGCUCCAUGGGAGUUAAUAGUGCUUUAUUUUCUUUACCCAUAAAAAAGGACAAUUCUCAUCCUUCUAUCCUAGAAAAUGACAAAAGGUUAAGCAAUCAUUCAACUUCAUACGCAGAAGCAAUAUUUUCCACCAUUCCUACACCCUCUUUUGGGCUUACAUCUUCGAUGAUUUCUUC